AUGGUUGCAAUGGCUUCAGAAGACCAACGGCCUAUCAACGUUGCCGAGUAUAACUUUGAAGAGGUAUGAGUAAUGUAGUCGAAUUUUGGGUAGUUUAUACUUGACUUGAAGGGCUGGAGCUUUAAGAAACUAUUCAGAAGAUGUAUUUUAACACUCUAGUAUAGAUCACGAGCAAUAAAGCUUUUUAAACUUUAUGGGACGCUCGGAUUUUUAAAGGGGUCUAUCUGUAGGUAGGGGUAGCAUAAUAUAAGCGCUCUCUUUUGUGAUUAAUAGUCUCUGUACCACAAAAUUGAUUAAUAAAAGUAAGAACAAAGCUAUUUGCCAAUAUUUCAAGCCAUAUUACACUCAAUAAAUACCUAAAUCAUCACUUUAUCAAAUCUCACCAUACUGUUGUAGGGUAAGCUAGUGGCAUCGGUCCGGUGGUUGAUAACCCGAAUAUACGAAGACAAUGAUAUUCCAGACAAGCUUCAAAGACUGUUCUUACGAGACGAUGAGGUAAUUUUUAUUUUCAAAAGUAUACAACAUAAAAAAUGGCACUCAAACAUAGUAAUGUUAUUUUUAGCGGCUGUUACAUUUAUCUCCAAACUUGAUUGGUGCCUUAGUAAACGGGUCAUUAUACACACAGGCGGCUUCCAAAAUUCUUCAGGAUUCUUCUUUGCUCACGGUAAAGGUUUCGGUUUGAAAUUAGGCUAGGGUUUUUGGAAAUCAUAUUGUUUAGGUACAUCAAAGUAGUAUCUUAACUUAGAAAAUUAGUGUUGUAAAGGUUUAAAGGCCUCUUAACGUCUUUUAAACGCUAUCACAACCAAAUGCUAUGUAUUCACACUCAUUUUCAUUGAUUUAGCAAUCAGUUGGUGCUGUAUUGAAAGCCUUAUCGAAUGCGGACAUUGAAGUACGUGAUGCUGAAGGUGGUAUGAUAGUAGAGGAGCAAUUGACUAGUGAAAAUCCUUUCAAAUUGGUAUGUUAUCUAACUGUUUUUGAAUUCUGUAUUUAGACAAUGCACUUAACGUUGAUGGAUGCUUUGAUGACGGCUCACAUGAAGUCGAUAAUAUCAAUCGAACGUGUCGUACAGGCUGUUUCGUAAGUUUUUGUAGCUUUUCGGCCCUUUUCCUACGGUUGCUUGCUGUUUCCAGCUUUGUAAAGAAAGUUUUUGCCAUUUUUUGGUAUUGUAGAGAAUAUUCUUACGAUGUUUUACCUUUUCAAGAUAGUCACGACUUUAAAAGUGUAAAUUUUAGCGCCUACACGUCAGUUGACAAGCGAGAAGAGCCUCUAGACUGUGUAGAUGCCUUACUCUUCUGGAUCAACAAGGUGUGCUUGUUAGUUCGGGACGAUGUAGAACGACAAGGUAUAGCGUUAAGAGGUUCGGACGAAGGAGCCGAGCCCACAAUUCCAGAAAUGGAAGACCUGUACGAGGACUUAUGCGACGGAACGUGUGUUUGCUCAUUGGUCGCUUUUUAUCGACCGCAUGAGGUCAAUUUGAAAGGUAGGAAUUUGUUUUUUGGAGGGUGGGAUGAAAUUGAUCUAUCGUAACUUUAAGGAAAAUUUGGAAAUUUUAAACCUAUUGGCUAAUGAGUUAUUAUGAUUUAAAGUUACAUUGUAGUAGAUGAACUGAUGACACGAAUUCAGCCCAUUUUUUGAGUUUUUUGUGUUUAUAUCAAAAUUUUCAGAUAUAUACUUUAAUGAUCCCAUAUCAAUCAACGAUUGUCGGUACAAUUUGGGUAUCCUAAAGUAAGUUUUGGCAUUUUAUCGAAUUUUUAAAAAUUUUUGAAAUUUUAGUUUUUUUUUGAGUUUGGAUGGAAAAUGCCAUUUUUAAUGUUGAGAAAAUGAAAAAAUAAGAUUUUAAAGCUUGGAAAAUUAAAAAAUUUUAUUUUAAAUUUAGAAAAAAUGAAAAAAACGUAUUUUAAGCCUUAAAAACUGAAAAAACCUUGCUUUAGGCCUAAAGAUAAGUCAUUUUAAAGCUAUAAACUAAGGAAUGAAGGUUAUUUUUAAAGUUUUAAAAUAAUGAAAAUGCCAUUCCAAAUAAUACCAAAAAUUUUCAGAGAAUUUUGUUCCUCUUGCCUGGCCUACAAUCCAUUUCACUUCGAGAUUGAAGACAUUUUAUAUCUACACGAAAGCCUUCAAUCCAACGUCAAUGCCUUUCUGACAGACCUGUUUGCUUUUUUUGAGCCGGACCCACAGCCGUUAAGUCCAGUCCUCACUUCUCCAGUCCAACGACGGUUUGUGCCAGUUCAAGGCAUUCCUGAACUGAGAGCUCAUAACCUAAGUCAUCGGCCGAUUCAUCCGCCCAAGACGAACCGGAACUCUUAUGGGAGCAGCCAGAGGGAUCGAAGUAAGGAUUUUACUUUGAGAUUUUGGUUUUAGGUAUUGAUCCUUUAUAUUGACCUAAGGUGAAGUAGAGUAAAGAAUUGAAAGACACUAAAACUUCAAAACCAAACCCUUUAUUAACAAGCCAAGUCUAAAACAAUUAAAAUUACAGCAAUGUCAGUAGCCUCAGCAGACUCACUAAUGACAACCAGAUCAGGCGAUUCGUUCCGUUUAAAUCAGCCAAAACACCAACUGCCUCCGGGCGUUCCAACUACAAAUUUCGGAAAUCUGAACGCUGAUGCACCUCAACUUGAAGAACCGAACAGUGCCCAGCCCAACUUCAAAGCUAUGGCUGAAAUGCGAUUGGCAUUCGAAGAGAAACGGAGAGAACACGAGAAGAAGUUGGCUAUGAAUAGGUAGGGUGUAGAGGGUGGGGGUGAUUUUUUGAGGUUGGGGUGGUAAGAGCGAUUUGUAAAGUUAGGGGUGGGAAGGGUAGGGAUGAGUUUUGGACGUAGGGCUAGAGAGGGCAGGGAUGAUUUUUUGAGCUUGGACGGGGAGCGGGUGGCUGGAUUUUUGAGGUUGGGGCCGGGAGUAGACAUGAGAAACGGGCUGGGCCCAAUUUUUAGGCCCGGCCCGAUCGAAAUUUUGCCCAAGACCGGCGGUAGGGCGGGGAGAGAGGGGGUAGAGAUGAUUUUUAGAGGUAGGGGUUUGUAGGGUAGGGCAGAGUAGGAUAGGGUAAGGUAAGGUAUGGUAUGGUAAGGUCAGUACAGUAGAGUUACAUCUAUAAAAUACAAAUUUUCAGUGCCUUAAAAGAAGAAGAACGCAUUCAAAUGGGUAAGAAUGCCUUCUUCAAACUGAUGAGUAAGUCUGGCCAUGAACAGGUUCAACCCCUGCCUUUGGCCGACGAUCCACCCCCAACACAACGUUACGAAGGCGCGGCUACAGCCCGAGAAAUGGAGUUGACCGCUCAGUUAGAGGACAUUAGGGAGGAGCUUAAAAAUUUGAAAGUGAGCUUUAAAAAAUUUUUUGAAAUUAAAAAUUUUAUUUUUGAAUUUUUUUGAAAUUUUGAGAUUUUUGUCCAAAUUAAGUAUGACAAAGUUACUAUAAUGCCAUUUCAAGGUAAUGCAACAACAAUCCAUGUCCAACCUGACCAGCGUUGGUAUGUCUCAUGCCACUUCUCAACCCACACUCUACAACGAUGUUUAUCAUCAACAGGUGUACGGUACUUUACCACACAAAAGCCCUCAUCAUAAUGUGCCACAACAACUGCCACCUUACUAUCAAAGCCCUGAGGUUAAUAGGAAUUCGAGCUUUGGAAUAGCAGGAGCUUACCCACCACCGUAUGGACAAUAUCCGGGACAGGUGAAUGAGGUAGGGAAUGGGAUACUGUAACAAUGUUUGUGGAGGGUAGGGUACGGUAUGGUAGGGUAGAGUAGGGUAAGGAUGGGUUGGGUGGGGAAGGUAAGUUAGGGUAGAUAGGGUAGAAUAAGGAAAUAGUCUACCGUAACCUACCGUACUCUAGCUUAUCGUAAUAUACCCUUCCGUAGAGUAUACUCCUCCACCCUCCCGUUAUUCUAUCCUACCUUACCGUACUCUAUCUUACUGUACUAUAUUGUACCGUGGUGUAUACUACCCCAACCUAAUUUACCCUACUCUAUCUUACCUUACCGUACUAGACGCUACCGUAGUGUAUCUUACUCUGCCUUAUUCUAGCCUACUUUACCCUACCUUGCUCUACCCUGCCUUACCUUACUAUAACUACUUUAUUCUACCCUACCUUGUAUCGUACCUUACCCUUACCCUAAUCGACCCCAAUAUCUUUAAUAAAACCUAAAUUCAGAAUCCCUACGCCAUGCCAAACAACUCCUCAAUGAUGCAUCCAGGCCUUCAGCAAAACCCGCCCUACUACCAACAACCCCCGCCCCAAUACCCUCAGGCAGGCGGCUUUCAACUUCACCAAUCCAACAGUCAAGGCGCCCUCCACAUGGCCGCCCAACCCUACCCCGCCAGCCCCUACCAACAACAACAAGCCUACUACAACCAAAGCCCCCACCCCUCCAUGUCGUACUCAAUGUUCGAGAACAAUGUCAUCUCCCCCCAGAAUCAUCAGGACGAUCCAUAUGCCUCACCUCAGAUCCCCAACCCCAACACCUUCAGGCUACACCAGCCGUUCGCGUCGUCGAGUCGGCUGGACCCGGCCCUGGAGCUGAAUCGCAACAUGACCAACUGGGGCAUGACAUACAAGGAGGAGAAGACCCCCCGAAGACAAUGGGCCAAUGUUAGUACGGAGGAGCCGGCUGUCAGGAACAAUAAUGCUGGCAAUGUUCAGGAGGAUCCUAUUGGUAAGAGAGGAUUGGUAUUAGAUACGGUAGAUCUUAUUGGUAAGAGUGGACUAGGUGGAUAUACGGUAAAGGAUUGUAAAUUGGGACUGUAACUUGAGUUUUAAGGGGGAAUGGGCAUGGAAAAAAUAUUUUUUUGGGUAGGGUAAAAUUUGGAAAAAUAAUUUUUUUGGGCGGGGUAAAGUUUUGUUUGGCUUAGAGAGUGGAUAAAAAUAUUUUUUUUGGCUAAAAGAGGGUAAAAAUAAUUUUUUUUGGGGUAGGGUAAAAUUUGGAAAAAUAAUUUUUUGGGCGGGGUAAAUUUUUUUUUUUGGUGGGUAAGGGUAAAGUUAUUUUUUGGUCAGCAGAAGGGUUAAAGUAACAUUUUUUGGAGUAUGGUGAAAUUUAGAAAAAUAUUUUUUGGGCGGGGUAAAAUUUUUUUGUGGAUUUAAAUCCUAGUUUACUUCUAUUAUACUACUAUCCCUAAACUAUUAUAACCUACUUUCCUUGCCAUAUCCCCAUAUCUUACCCCCACCCCUAACCUGUCUUAUCAGGCUCUCGCUUGCCUUGUCAUACCGCUUCUUACCUUUGCCUCUACCUCUAGUUUACCAUACCUUAAUCUUCUUUCAAUUACUCUGCCGUUCACUACUGCACUUUGCCUUACCUUUUCCUACCGUUUCUCUUGUCUUACUCUGCCCUAUCUUUAAGCUACACUAGUUUUUCCUUACUAUCGUUAUACAUCUUAAUAUCCCUAUUUCAGUUGACCACAUUCCCCAGCCUCCAGCACCGACGGAAAACAAAAACCCCACGCCUCCGCGCGAUCCACACCGAAAUGAAGAAGAUCUACAUGAAAAGCGAGAUCCAUCCCCAGAAAAACCGAUUCAACACAACAACAACCACCAAGAUACGACGCCAAGACACGAGGUAAAGAGGGCCAACAGUGGACUAGUCAUAGCCGAUGUCACCGCCCCGAACUCGGAAUGGACAGCCGAAAUGGAAGCUCGACGUCAAGCUUUGCUCAUGAAUCAGAUGCGACGGAAGGAGAAGAGCAAGAUGGCGUCGGAUGAGAAGAAGAAUGACAUUGAGGACAAGUCGAGGGAAGAACAACGACGGAAAGACCUGGCGGAGCAAAGAAAGCUUGAUAGGGAGAUUAAGAGGCAACAAGUGCUAGAAGAAUAUAAGAGGAAGAAGGCCGAACAGGAGAUGAUGGAAAUGAGCGGAAGUGUAUCAGCUAGAAGCAUGAGUGGCUCUAGUGGCACCAUUAAUCGAGGACACAGUCAGCCACCAUUUGGACGGCCGAAAAGUCAGAGUAAUGUAAGUUUUUUAAUUUUUUAAAGAAAAAUGAGAUUUUAGGUUUUAAGGAUCUCCAGGGUUUUUAAAUUUUAAAAUUUGGAAAAAUUUAAAAUGAAAGAAAUUUUUUUGAUGGUUUUUUUGAACUUCAAAUUUUAUAUUUUUUAAACUUUUUAAAAAUUUAUGGUUUUUGAUACUCUACCUUGGCCUACCCUACCCUAACCUACCCUAUUAUAAUCAGCCUUACCUACGAAACCCCAUCUUAUCUUACCGUAACCUAUCUGACCCGCUUAUACAUGAGGAACGUGAUCCAGAUUUACGUCGGGCCAGGCUUGAAAAUUAAAGCGCGGCCCAAAAAGCCCGGCCCGUUUUUCAUUUCUACCUUAGCUUAAUUUUUCGUAUCUUUUACUUUACUCUACUCUAUCCUAGUUGAAGUAUCCUAGGUUGGAAGUCCAAAUUCUUUAAACUAUCGCACUUUAUUUCAUUUUAUUCUAACGCUUUACGUUAUUUUUUUCUACCCUACCCUUUGACCUUACUCUCCUAUAAUACCCGGCUCUACCUUACUUUGACCUACUCUUACCCCCACACUCGCUCUUUUUAUCUUGCUCUCACUUUACUCUUCGGCACUAUGUCUUACUGUAGAGUUUAUAUUCUAUGGUAAAUUAUGCUACAGUACCCUACUUAAUAUUUCGUACUCUUAACUAUUCUUAACUCUACCUUUGCUACAAUUUACUUUAUCAUGCCCUACCUUACCUUACACUACUGUAGAUUUUUAUACAGUACUCUUUUGUUUCAUAUUUUACGCCACCUUCUACUAAUACCUUACACUUUGUUUUUCGAAUUUAAAAACCUUUCAAAAUAACGUAUUUAUAGCCCAAUUUUUUGCAAAUUUCAAACUGUAAAGCCAGUCCAAGCCUAUGAAUAGGACGUAGAAACGAUUAGUUUAUAUUGUGGUUAUUUUGCGAUUUUACUACGUUUUUCUCGGCUCCCUUUAUGUGCCCAUAAUUUCCGGAUUUGGUACGUUAAAUUGGCCGCGAAAAAGAGAAAUUGGGCCAAAAAACAUCAGAAAAUUGUUUUAGUUGCCAUAGAUAAUCUGAACAUGUAUUAGAAAGGGCAUUAAGCUGUAUUCGAAUAUUGAAUUCGCUGGAGAUUUACAACGUUCCAAUGUGUUUAUUCUGGCCGUGACUUCUAUUAAACGUGCUUUUUUUGGCUAUAAGUGAUAUUAUAGGGCUUAUUAUAACUGUGACUUCUAGUAGACGUGCUGUUUUUGGCUAUACAUCGUAUUAUAGUGCUUAUUUUGGCCAUAAACUUAAUUUUAAGGGCAAUCUUGGGCCUAAAAUUUGAAAAAAGUCCCUAUUUUAGUUAGAAUUUUAUAAAAAACUGAACAUUUCUACCUUGUACUAUACGAAAUUUCAAAUUUUCUACCCAUAAACCUAAUUUUAAGUGAAUCAUUGGGUCUAAACUUUGAAAAAAGACCUUAUUUUAGCUAGAAAUUUAAAGAAAAAUUGAACUUUCUACCUUCUAAUUUAAAGAAAUUGCCAUUUUCUACGUUAUAUUCAACUAAAAUUUUCAUUUUUUAGCCUUAAACCUAAUUGUCAAGGCAAUUUUGGGCCUAAACUUUAAAAAAAGGCCUUAUUUUAGCUAGAAAUUCAAAGAAAAAUUGGAUUUUCUACCUUCUACUUUAAGAAAAUUGCUAUUUUCUACUUUAUAGUCUACGGAAUUUUUAAUUUUCUAGCCUCUACUUCUUGAAAAUUUCGCUUUCUUGGCCAAAACUUUUAAAAAAUCCCGUUUUUUGGCUUCAAAGUCAUUAAAAUCGACUAAAAUUUUUGAAAAAUUCUCUAAAAUCGACCAAAAAUUUAAAAAACUUCUAAAAUCGACUGAAAUACUAAGAGAAGAAGCUUUGAGAAGAAUGAUUUACCCAGACUGGAUCAACUUUCAGAUGAGUUCACUUCAAAUUCGAACUAUGCAACGACAAAACCGAGCUCAAAGCAGUGUAACCGACGAGAAUUGCCUGCCCAAAAUCAAUGUCCCAGCUCUGGCUGAUCCGAGUAAGUUGGAUUUUUAUGGAUUUUUUGAAAUUUUAGAGUCUUGUGAGAUGAAUGGGUUAAGUUUUAAUUUUAUACUUUUAUCAAUCAUACUGUUAUCAGAAAAAUUUUUUUUUGAGAAAAUUUUGAACUUGGUCCCCCUGUGGAUGAAAAAAAUUUUUUUUAAAAUUAUUUUGUGCCUUCCUUCACUCAGUUUAAAAUAAAAAAAAAUAACUGCCUGACAGUGGACAAGGUCUGGGUUUGAUUUUAGGCGUGGGUUUUAUAGUCUUUUCAAAAAAAAUGUUUUUGAUAAAAGUUGAGCUUGGUCCCCCCUGUUGAUUGAUUUAAAAUUUUUUUUGAAAUUUCUAAUUUACGGCCCCUACUGUCUCUCAGCUUAAAAUCGAGUACCUGGCACUGGGUUAUGGUCUGGGUUCGAUUAUAGGCAUGGGUUUUAAAAUAUUUUUUUUAAAAAAAAUUUUUGAAAAAAGUUGAGCUUGGUCCCCCUGUUGAUUUUAAAAAUUUUUUUGCUAAUUUUACGUUUUUCUACUAUCCCAGAUUAAAACCGACUGCCUGACAUUGAAUAUGAUAUGGAUAUGGUUUUUAGGCAUGGGUUUUAGAGUAUAUUGCAAAAAAAAAUUUUUAGAAUCAACAGGGAGGGGACCAUUUUCAAUUUUUUUUUCAAAAAUUUUUUUUUGAAAGAUGGGUACUUUUCAAAAAAUUUUUAUUGUCUAUGAACAUUUACCUUAUGAAACAAAAGAUUUAAAUUUCAAUGUUUUAGCUCUGAAAUUGUACGCAAAAACCCAGCCAAAGUCGAACCGGUCGCUUAUCAUGAACGCUCUUCAAUACUCGGUCUUCCCUGGAGCUGUUUCGAACGAUCAGAGGAAUAAAGUAAGUUGAAAUUGGACUUUUCUUAUGCAAUAUGAAGCUGAGAAUACUGUAAAUGUAAUUGUUUAGCUAUUGUUUGUGGUGUACGGAUAUAAAAUGCAAAAAGAAUGGCAUUUUUGGGGUUUUUAUGUCAGUUUUUGGUGGUUUCUGGCCGAUUUUUGUUUUUUAGAUCUUAUGGCAAAAAUAUUGUUGUAAAUUGGUCUUUAGCUUAUGUAAUGUGUAGAUAUAAAUAGUAAAAACUUUGAUUUUAUUAUUUUUUGCUAUGUAUAUUGUUGUAGCUAUCCAAAACCUCAAAAAAUUCUAUAUUAACAACCUUAUUCCAGGUCCAAGCCGCCCUAGCCCAAAGCGAUUCCAAGCACUUCCUCGUCCUCUUCCGUGAUCACAAAUGCCAAUAUCGUGGUUUGUACACUUGGAAUCAACAAGAUGAUACCGUGCACCGAAUUGAAGGCACCGGUCCUAAGGUGUGCAAGGCUGAGAUGAUGAACAUGAUGUUCAAGUACGACUCCGGAUCGAAGCAUUUCAAUCACAUUCCAACCAAAUCAUUGUCUGCUACGAUUGAUGGCUUCACAAUUCAAGAUCAAUAUUGGCAAAAGGCCAAGAUUCCACAUAGUAGGGGGGUUUGA